AUGGCGUCAGAUUGCUCUGGAUUGUCUUCAGACACGAAGAAUUCCGAUGUUCAAAUAAAAGGUCCUGUUGAUACAGAAGAUGUCAAAACGGCUCUGUCAGAUGCGAAAGGAGUCGACGUGUGCCCGUUCUUCCUAGAGGGAAAGUGUCACUUUGGUGUCAGAUGUCGUAUGUCUCACAGGUCGAGCCAGCUGAUCUGUCAAGUAAACAGCAACAGCUCAGUAGACCCAGCUAACGAUAUCGCAGACGCUCUUAUUCCUGAUCAUGGGGAUGAACAGGUUAACGAAAACCAAAAGAAGAAAAAACCAAACAAGGCCAAAACUGCCAAACCCAAAGACGAUGAGGGAAACGAUGUCAACAAAAAACCUCGCAUGCGAACAGCUGACGACGUAAUCUCUCGGAUCCUCUGGGACACCUCGGUGGACGCGUCCCAAUUUGUAGUGGGCUACGUGGACCGUUUCCUGGGCGUGCUGGAUCGCCCCUUCUGUGACUUCAACUGGGACAUCAACCCAUGUGACUGCGACUACACCACGGAGCUGGCCCUUCCCAGACAUCGGAUCCAGUACUUCAGCUACAAAGGACACCGUGUGUGGGACCGCCACAGCAGGACCGACAGGGUCUUCGGCUCCACUGGUCAAUCUCUGGCUCCCCCCUUUGGAGGGGAGGAGAAAAUUGAAGGUAAGCCAGGAUAAAAAGAGCAACCACCUGCUGUUGUCGGGCAGAAAAUGGAGCGUACUCACGCUGAGAAUGCACAUCUGCAGGAAGAAGAGCACAAUGAGAUGAACGCUCGCACUUCUGAGUCAGCGCAAGCGUGUCAGGCCUCGGCAUGUUUUGCGGAGGAGGCGCCAAAUAGUGGGAAGACAUCCACAGACAAAGACGCACCGAAUGUAGAAGAUGGGGACGCGACUGAAAAUUUGGCUGAAGGGGACGACAGUUUUGAAGGAUUGAAUAAUUUGAAUCUUUCGGAAUCCCUGGAACAAAAAGAGAACAUCCCCGGCCGUCGCCGUAAAAAGAAACCCACGCACUUCAUCACUUUCCGUGCCAACACUCCCGCCAUCCUCACCUGUUUCCAGCAGCUCCAGGACGAGAUCACCACCCUCCUCCCGUCGUCCGCCCCUCACUGGCAGGCCUCCACCAGCCUGCACGUCACUAUGUGCCUCCUGGUUCUCCGAACCCCGUCCGAAGUGGAAGCCGCCGAAGAAAUCCUCAGACGCUUCGCCCAGUUUGAUCGCAACCCCCCGGUGGCUCUCAGCUUCCCCUUGAAGCUGAAGCAUUUCAAUGGCAGGGUGUUGUACCUCAGCCCGCAGCCUCAGAUUCAGCUCCAGCAGCUCAACGCAGGCCUGCAGGAAGCGUACCGGAGCCAGGGUUUGCUCCAUAGGGACUCCUACAACCCUCGCUACCAUCUGACCCUGGCCAAAGUAAGGGGCUGCGAGGGAGAACGAAUAUUCGACGGGGUAGGCUACCUGAAGGUGGGCAAAGGUUUAAAUUUCGGACGUUUGCCUAUAAACACGUUGCACCUUUGUGUCGUCGGGGGUGAUGAUGUAGACGGUUUUUAUGAGAUCGUGUGUUCAGUAACUCUUAGAUGA